UGUGAGUAAUAUCUAGUUCAACAUUUUCAAAAAGAAAACAAGAUGCGAUGCAGGAAGUACCCGACAGUAGCAAUAGUUGGAUUUAUCAUUUUAGUUGGUUUUGCACUCUACUUCAGGCAACCAAGAUCAUCAGGGCAAACUCAUAUACUGAAACAACAACAGGAAGAAAACACACAUGUACAGGAUAAAUCAUCACAAAUCAGAGAAAUCCAAACCCAGGUAGAUUACUCAGAUGAAAAAUUCACAAAUCUAUUUCACUCGCUUCAGCAUAGCAAUGCAAGAAAGGGUUUAUCCACCAAUUGUUUAACAGGUGCAACAAUGAGGACAUUCAGUCCAGGUUUUAAGACUGUUUUACAUAAAGACACACAUGAUGCUACCAUUCCAGAAGUGGAUGUAAAAAGGGAAGAUGCAUUUGUAAACAUAUUCAAGAACCACAAGUGGGGAAGAGGGGACAACACAAGUGACUUACAAGUAUCAGGAGGAGGAUCAUAUCUCAAGUUUGCUCAAGAAACAAUGGCGGUACUACAUUCUGUUGUGGAUGAAUACAAGAUACUGAAAGGUGUGAAAAGAGUUCGCCUUUUGGAUAUACCCUGUGGGGAUAUGCAAUGGAUGUCCCGAUUCCUAGCAACAAGAGAUGACAUAGACUAUUAUGGGAUGGAUAUAGUGCCUCAACUUAUAGAUUUACAUGAGAAAAAAUUUAAAGAAGAACCUUGGACAUUCAAGCAACAUGAUAUUGCAAAAACAGCCCUCGUGGACUCUUAUGAUAUCAUUCAUUGUCGUAUGAUGCUACAACACUUGCCUGUGUCUGAAACACUAAAAGUCCUUGAUAACUUCUCCCAAAGUAAAUCCAGUUAUCUUGUAACUACGACAUUUCCAACAACUUCUUCACAUAAAAAGAUCCAUGCUGGAUCUUUUCAAGCCCUAAACCUUGAAAUUCCCCCCAUAUCACUCCCUCCUCCAUUAUGUUACCAAAGAGACGGAGAUCAUACUAGACAGGGGCAUCACUAUAUAGGGGUUUGGCCAUUACCACUGAAAUACAUUGAGGACUGUAGUCAAGUGGCUAAGGGUGUACUACAAGAUAAAAAGAAUUUGACCAUUCAUACAUGUAUUUGAAG